AACCCCGAUACAUCGGCGAUUGGGGAUUCGMAAAAAGUCCAAUAGAUAUAUGGAAGCCGAAUUGUGGUUUGGUGAGUAUUCUACUGCUAUGGGUAACAGAAUGCCUGAUAACCCAAGAGUAGAGCUGCCUGCUUGCCAAACCAUAAGGAAAGUCUAUGUGGCUGGAAACAUUCCCCGAGGUUGUGAUCCCAAAGGUAAUUAUCAUAAAAAACGGCUAAAAAACAUUAAUGUCAAUUCACAAAUGGAUUCAUGAUACAAAGCUCUUCUAUUCGACAGAGAAAUCGUUUUUCCAAAUGUGGAGUCUGUCUCCUUAUUGGAGACAUGAUCUGUGAAACCAAAAACACCGAAAAAAAGCUAACAUGGCUCGAAAGGAAGCAAUAUCAUUUGGAUCAACAAGCUUCUGAACGACUUAAAUACUACAAGCACCAAAAGAAAGCAGAAAAAAAGCCCGAAAAAUAUCUCUCGAUUAUAAUUGAUGGCAUGGACCAGGCAAAAACUGGAAUCCCUCACUGKGUUCAGUCGUUGAAGGUUAGCCGCGAGAUUAACGUGACUCAAGAAAACACAUAUUUUAUUCAACCCAGUUUCCUAUUGAUCCAUCCUUGGAUUUUGCUCUUUGCUAGUGAAAGCCAAGGUUUUCCAAAAAUGGCCCUUAACACAAGCAAAGCCGUCACUAGACCACAGCUAGASGGGGUUAUCAGGGGAGCGUUCACUCCUAGUCCAGUGACAGUUUUCGUAGAGAAUAUCUACGAUGUCAAAUCUUGGAUUCGCCCUCACAUUGCCACUUUUAAAAAUCAUAGUCAUCCCCAUGCAUUCCGUUUUAAACUAAAUAGACGAGGAGAAGUGGAAAUGACUUACAGAAACUGGGCGAAUUCCAAAGAAAAGGAGUGGCUCCCCAAGGCCCCCCAUAUCAGCCUUGUCACGAUACCAAAGGGAAAACCACCAAUCCUGAGACCAGACCUAGCGAAAUGCCCCACAGUAGAGCGAAUGAGAGAGGCUAUUGGAAAGAUGAAGCCACGCAUGACUGGAGAAGAGCUAGGGUGRUGGGAAAAGACAAUAAAGGAAGAGGAAGCUAAAGUAAAGAACUGGAACGAGCUCACCGACCAUCAGUACAAGAAAGCAGGAGCGGCCUUUGACUUGUUGUCUUUUCGCUACCACCCGCCUGACCCUGAGCCAGAAACAACUGACGAGGAUUACGAAAAACGGAGAGAAAUGUUCCAGAGACAGAUCGAUAAGAGAAAUACUUUUAAACCGACUUCCCGAGAAAACAAAAACCACUUCGUCCUUGCGUUUAUGGCAUACCUGGUGGAAACAGAUGUAUUCGACGUUAUUGAAGUUUCGUUUCUACCAGUGGGCCACACUCACAUUGAUGUAGAUCAGAUGUUUUCUAGGCUGUCUGUGGCAUUAGCCAAAACUGGUUGUUUGACCUAUCAGAAUUUCCUCAAAAUGCUACGAUCUUGCUAUAAGCAAAAACAAGGMGAAACGACACAAGAAGGUGCCGUAAUACAGUACGCUGAAACGGAACAAGUCUUUGCUAUCAGAGAGUGGAUUAUUCCUCACAUGACUGACGAAAUGCACUGACUUAGGGACUACCAUAACUUUAAGUUUACGAGGAACGAGGAAGGCAAAUGUCAAAUGCACUACAAGAAUUGGUGUAGAGACAAAUACGACGUAAUCAGGUUUCCACCACACAUCAUUUUAAAGAGUAUACCAGAAAAUAUUCCGGAACUUGUUAUGCCAGCUUACUCCUCAGUGGAUCUAAGACGCAUUCGUUCGAUGACUGAGAGGUGUCUGCAAAAAGGAGUGAUAAAUGAAUAGGAAGCUCAUCAGUGGUGGGAAUUCCUUGACCGAGAGGAGAGUAAGGAAGAUAGUUUGCAAGAAGCUGAGUAUAUUGCAAAGAAAAUGGCAAUGCAACAAAGCAGCACAAGCCAAGCUUGACAUAUUUAACUUGUGAUGAUGACAGGUGGCUUGUUGACGAUUUGAGGGACAGAGCUUUGCCCGAAAAGCCGGAUGUCGACUCUCCUGAACUAAAUGCACAUGACGUGCUGAAAAAAAGCGAAGCUCUUGAACGUGGAGAAGGAUUACUUCCUAUUUAUCUGGGCAAGUAUAGACCUAACUACCGGGAAAACUGUGCCCGUUACAAUAUUAUUCGUCCUUCAAGGACCACUAGUGAUCCUAGUGACAUAAUUCCCGGAGUGUUCGUUGCCGUCGAUUUGGAAAAGUACUGGCCUGAAAAGCCUCAAAUAGCUAAGGUCGUUACAUUGUGCAACGAUGAUGCCGAGAUUGAAGUACAGUGGUAUGUGGGGAGCUGGUCUGGCACAUGGAAGGUGUAUAAAAAGCGCCAAGGAAGGUCAAUGGUCGAAAGCAGAGAAGUAAUCGCAAAAUCCUCGGUAAAACUCUCGGGCUUUACUAUGACUCAAUCUGGAAAGUUGAAACAGGCCGUAAAGAAUGAGCUGAAGGCACUGUAUGGCGAUUCCGACRAAGAGUGAUAUGCUCGAUCGUGUUAGGUCUAUUUUUGUAGGUAAUUAGUAGUACCUUUCCAUUACCAGUUUCUGAGUUACAGUUUUUCUAUUUUCCAUGACACUCAUUACAAUUUCUCCUCGAUCAAUGAAAGACAAGUUUGCGAGUUAUGAAGCACAAAUUUAUGAAAACAAAAUGAUUUUCGGCCGAUCUCGAGGGGAACUGGGUUGAUGACGUACAGGGAGUAACGACGUGUUGAUUUGAUAUCAAAACAAAGGUUGUCGAGGUUGAACGAACGGCGGACGGCGAUUUUCGAACGAAUAUUGCAAGACCGAAAGGGUUAUAGUUUAGUUGUUUAGUUUAUUUGUUUAUUUAUUGAAAAUGGAGACUAAUAAAUGGAGCCAUGAAUGGUUAUCAAAACCAUCGCUCCUUUGUGAAUGCAAUACGGUUCCGUUCAACGGCCAUAAUUUUCGACAAUCUUUAAUUCAUGAAAUAGAUCUAUACUAGUAUACCGUAUGAAGAACUUGGAAGUCUGAGUUACCGGAAUUCAUUACCGUGACAUUCAGCACUUGAGAUGCAAAGGUUUUUUUAAUACACUUUUAAAACCCUGAAAAGUCAUAUACUUGAACAAAGAUUUCACGAGCGAAAACAAGCCAGUCAUUUUAUCCAACUACUUUGAGGUCAAGUCAAGGAGUAGAAGCAAGUUGUUGUGACAAGUAU